UCUACGUCGCAAAUGGCCAUGACGUGGAUCACACGUGGAAAGCAACUGACAGCUGACUUCGAACUUGGAUGGACACCUCAUUGCUCCCUCACCCUCCCCAUCACGUGACUGAUCCACCUCAUUUAUAGGGAUAAACUGAACAUCUGGAAAUCCCAACAGCACUAUCCGUUAAAACCUUCCUCAUCCUCGAUUCAACUUACAAACAAUCCAAGGUUCCAAGAAAACCACAAUCCUCCCCAAAUUCACAUUUUCCUUUCUAAUUUCCCGGGAAAAUACAAUCCUCAUCCCUCUCAGAUGACACCAAUUUCCACAACCGAAAACCCAACACACCCCCAUCAUCUCAUCAGCUGAGGAAAACCCAUAAUGCAAUCAACAGUCACACUCUCAAUUCCGACUAACUCCAAUCUUUCCCGCCUUUUUCAGAGAAACCCACAUAUUUUCCCGCCCAAAAAAAGGGUUUUCGUUGAAGGUUACAGCAUUUGCGGGCCAAGCAUGGCUUCCUCUAUUGGAGGGUUUAGGGUUGGUUCACAAAUGGGCGGUGGUGGUGAAAGCGGGUUUUGUACAUUGAUGGAGUAUGUGGGAAAAGGAAGGGCAGAUGUGGGUGAUGACUUGGUGGUUCUGUUUGCUCAUUUACAGUAUGCUGCCAAGAGAAUUGCAUCCCUUGUGGCUUCUCCUUUCAAUUCUAGUCUAGGGAAGCAGGCCGGUAUUGGUGGUGGUGGUGGUGGUGGUGGUAGCGGUGGUGGGUCUGAUAGAGAUGCCCCUAAGCCGCUUGAUAUCGUCUCAAAUGAGAUCAUUCUGUCCUCUUUGCGGAAUUCCGGUAAAGUUGCUGUAAUGGCUUCAGAAGAAGAUGACGAGCCAAUCUGGUUAACUGAUAGUGGCCCAUUUGUGGUGGUCACAGAUCCUCUAGAUGGGUCGCGGAAUAUAGACGCUUCCAUUCCCACCGGAACUAUUUUUGGAAUUUACAAACGACUUGUAGAAAUAGAUCAUCUGCCUGUGGAGGAGAAAGCAGUGCUUAAUUCACUCCAGAGUGGCACCAGGCUUAUAGCUGCUGGCUAUGUUCUCUAUUCAUCCGCCACUAUCCUCUGCACCAGCUUUGGUUCAGGAACACAUGCAUUCACUCUGGACCAUUCAACGGGAGACUUCAUUCUCACACAUCCAAGCAUUAAAGUUCCUCCUCGAGGACAAAUCUAUUCUGUAAAUGAUGCACGCUAUUUUGACUGGCCUGAUGGUUUAAAGCGAUAUAUUGACACCAUGAGACAAGGCAAAGGUAGGUACCCUAAGAAGUACUCAGCACGUUAUAUAUGUUCUCUUGUUGCUGAUUUCCAUCGGACUCUCAUGUAUGGUGGAGUGGCAAUGAAUCCGAGGGACCAUCUUCGUCUUGUCUAUGAAGCAAACCCUCUUAGUUUUCUUGUAGAACAAGCUGGGGGUAGGGGUUCUGAUGGUAAAAGUAGAAUCUUAUCACUUCAGCCAGUCAAGCUGCAUCAACGACUUCCAUUGUUUUUGGGGAGUUUGGAGGAUAUGGAAGAGUUAGAGAGUUAUGGGGAUGUUCAACAGAAAGUAAAUCCUGGGUAUGAAGUCUAAUGUUUUGUGACAGUCAGAGGUUACGAUAUUGCGACUUCACAAGUAUGCGGUGAAUGAGAUGCAGAUGGUUUGUGAUGUAAUUGCUCUCUUCUUUUUCUAAACUUUGUCAGAACCAAACGGAGUAGGACAUUUUUGGGCAUGAAUGGCAGAUGGUUUGUGAUGUAA